AUUAAUAAGUAAUUUAUUUCUGAUUUGAUAUUGGUAAUAAUAAAACAAUAAAUGAAAUAUAAACAAUAGGCUAAAUUUGAUGAAACAACAAGGGGCAUUAAUAAUAGUUGCAGGAAAGCUCCAAUAACAUCAACAUCAUCUAAGUUUUAAAGCAGAUAUAAUGGAGACAAGAGACAACACAUUUCCGGACGUGCUAAUCCAAGAAAUAGACGAAGGACAAGCAUGCUUGGAGUGUCAAAGUAAAUGCCCGGGUUACAAACCACAUGCUUGGAGAACUAUUUGCGAAAAUUGUAAAUGCUCACGCGAAUGUCACGAUAUUUGUCACGAUGAUAUGAUUAACAUCCGGGAGAGAAUUGGGAUGAAAGACCAAGAUGAACAAAAUAUAAUGUGUUUGAAACGGACUGCUUUGGAAGAAUGGUAUUCCUGGGUUCCAUCUGACUUGUCUCCAGAUAAAAUUCAAUUAUACUUCAAUCAAAUCCCUUGUGAAAAAGUACCUCGAAUUGGAACAUCCGGUGAAAAAUAUCGUGAAAAACAGAUUAUUAAACAGCUUCCUAAACAAGAUUUCUCUAAAAAUUUUUGUAAAUUUUUAGAGAAAGAAUAUCGGCAGCAAUACGCAGACUUUAUUUGUGAACGUAAUAAAAUAGCAAUGGAUAUUGCUUACGUUAAAAGUGGUUUGGAGCAUACUUCGGAAUGUUACGGUUGUGGAGGUAUCAUGAUGUUCGGAAAUUUAGCAGUAGUAAAUUCGAAAUUAGGAGAAAAGAAUCCGUUUCAUCCGAGCUGUUUCGUAUGUUCGGUAUGCGAAGAAUUAUUAGUGGAUUUAGUUUGUUGUAUUGCAGACGGCAAAAUUUACUGCGAACGUCAUUACGCAGAACAAAUAAAACCUCGAUGCACGGCCUGUGAUGAGCUUAUUUUUGAUGGGCAGUAUAUCAGAGCAAUGUCAAAAGAUUGGCACACAAUUCAUUUCUGCUGUUGGAAAUGCGACGAAUCUCUCACAGGUCAGCGAUACGUUCUAAGAGAUGACCAACCAUUUUGCGUUUGUUGUUAUGAAAAAAUCUAUUCUAAUAUUUGCUACGAAUGUGGAAAAUCAAUAGGAGUAGAUUUAAAAGAUCUCUCCUACAAAGAUAAACAUUGGCAUGAAACGUGCUUUGCAUGCAAUAAAUGCCACACUUCAUUGAUAAAUAAACCUCUCGGUUCGAAAGCAGACCAAGUUUACUGUGAGACCUGUUACGAAUCGGAUUUUGCGACCAAGUGCGACAGUUGCGGUGAAGUAAUUAAAGCAGGUACAAGAAAGAUGGAAUGUAAAGAUAAAGAAUGGCACGAAAAGUGUUUUCGCUGUGUUGUCUGUGCUAAUUCCAUAGGUAACAAAAGCUUCAUUCAAAAAGAUAACAACAUAUAUUGUCCUAGCUGUUAUGAAGAAAAGUUUUCUAUACGUUGCAUCAAAUGCUAUCAAGUAAUUGAAAAUGGUGGUAUUACUUAUCUCAACGAACCUUGGCAUAGAGAUUGUUUUUCUUGCACUAGCUGUCAAGUGUGUUUGGCGGGACAACGAUUCACUUCCAGAGAUGAGAAACCCUAUUGUGCCAAAUGUUUCGGAGAAUUGUUUGCACAAAGAUGCGUCACCUGCAAUAGACCAAUUACUGGCAUUGCUGGAACAUUCUUUAUAUCUUUCGAAGAUCGGAAUUGGCACAAUGAAUGCUUUUUAUGUGCCAUGUGCAAACGAUCUCUCGUCGGAAAAAGAUUUAUUGCAGACGGAGACGAUAUCUUCUGUCCAGAAUGUGCCAAGCAAACAUUAAUUAAUUCAUCGAUCUAAUUCACCACUCAUCAAAUUCAUCUACCAAAAUUUAAGACAAUUAUUUCAGCAAUACAGAAAUACAAAAUUAUACAAUUUUUUCGCAUGGACUUUAUUUUAUUUCAAUAAAAUUUAAU